CCCCUCGAGUUAUGUACUUCCGGUGUUGUGACCUCUGUUUACAAAUCGUCACGUCAAAAAUAAACCUCCUCGCAAGCUAUUAAUAAACACGAUUGGACUACAACCGGCUCGGAACUAACAGCGUUUGGCUUUUAAUCCUCCAAAUAUGAUUAGAAGCAAAGCGGGCGGCCGUCAAUGUUGUCGCUCGGAGAGCGAACGAAGGCGACAACAAGUAAGCUAGCUAGAUGUUAGCUAGCCAGCUAGCUUGUGUCGGUGCUACCGAGGUCGUGUGUCGGUGCUGCGGCGAGUAGGCAAGAGAAGCAGUCAACAGACAGCCUAGUGAGACCACACAUUCCGUGUUGCACACAAGCGAACGGGCGUAGUUCCACCGCCAUGGCCUGCAGCUUCCUCAACACGGAUGAGGCGUCCCCGGCGGGUCUGACAGACCUUUGCCUGACCUUCGUGAGUCACAACCUGGAGUGUUUCUGCGUGAAGCGUCCCGAUGGGUCUCUGUGCUUCAGGGAGGCUGUGCUCUUCCCGCAGGAGCUCGCAGACCAGCUGUUGGCUAAAAUGGCUACAGAAGGUUUGUUGAAUGACAGCACGGUCGCAGUGUUCCGGAACAGCGAGUACCUGCGGCUGAGGCGAGCGUACAUCCGCACCGCGCGGAUAUCUGCAGAGGCCUUCCAGAGAGCUCUGUGUGUUCACAGGCUGUCAGAGCUGGACGCUGCCAGGGUCAACGCAGACCUCACCAUCCCUGACAUCCUGCGAGGACUGGCCACUAAUAAACACUGUCAGGAGUCCCUCCAGCGUCUUGUCCUCACGGGUCUUACCAUGUCCUCCCUGGAGGAGCCCAGCAGACAUUGCUUCAGCUCCCUGCAGGGCCUGCGCGCCCUCUCCCUGGCCAACGUGGACUUCUACAACUCGGGCCUGGCGGGCGUGUGCGCUCUGCCUCGGCUGGAGAGCCUGGACCUGUCCAACACCUCGGUCACUAACCUGAACCCGCUGCUGGGCCUGAAGGACCGGCUGCGCUCGCUCACGCUGCACCAGCUCAAGCGGCUGGAGAUGAGCACCGCGCAGCUGCUGGCCGUCAUCGGGCAGUUGGAUGUAUUGCAGCACCUGGACAUCAGCGAUGAUAAACAGUUUACCUCCGACGUGGCUCGUCAGCUGCUCGGACAAACCGGCAUACUUCCUGCUCUCGUUUCCCUGGAUGUGUCUGGAAGGAAACAGGUGACAGACGCCGCUGUUAAGGCGUUUGUUGAGGAGAGACCCGGAAUGACCUUUAUGGGACUCCUGGCCACAGACGCCGGUUUUUCCGACUUCCUUUCCGGGGAUGGAAACCUUAAAGUCACGGGGGAAGCUAACGAAACGCAGAUCUGCGAGGCGCUGCGCCGCUACGCAGAGAGGGAGGGCUUUGUGAGAGAAGCUCUGUUUCAUCUCUUCAGCCUCACGCACGUCAUGGACAAACCUCGACCUGACAUUCUAAAGUUGGUAGUUUUAGGCAUGAAGAACCACCCCGCCACUCUGAACGUCCAGCUCGCGGCCAGCGCCUGCGUCUUCAACCUGACCAAGCAGGACUUGGCAGCCGGGAUGCCGGUCCGGCUGCUCAGCACCGUCACUCAGCUCCUUCUGGAGGCCAUGAGGACGUUUCCCAACCACCAACAGCUGCAGAAGAACUGCCUGCUGUCUCUUUGCAGUGACAGGAUCUUACAGGAAGUGCCAUUUAACAGGUUCGAAGCUGCUAAACUGGUGAUGCAGUGGCUCUGCAAUCACGAGGACCAGAACAUGCAGAGAAUGGCUGUAGCUAUUAUUUCCAUCCUGGCUGCUAAGUUAUCCACGGAACAAACGGCUCAGCUGGGAGCAGAAUUGUUCAUCGUCAAACAACUCCUCCACAUUGUUCGCCAGAAGGCCACUCAAGGCAUGGUGGACGCCACCCUCAAGUUUACCCUCAGCGCCCUGUGGAAUCUUACCGACGAAUCCCCAACAACCUGUCGCCAUUUCAUCGAGAACCAAGGACUGGAUCUGUUUAUCAAGGUUCUGGAGUCCUUCCCUAACGAGUCGUCCAUUCAGCAGAAAGUUCUGGGUCUUCUGAACAACAUCGCGGAGGUGGGCGAGCUGCACGGCGAGCUGAUGGUGCAGACCUUCCUGGACCACAUCAGGACCCUCUUGCACAGUCCCGAGGUGGAGGUGAGCUACUUCGCCGCUGGCAUCCUGGCGCACCUGACGUCACGAGGGAAGGACGCGUGGACGCUCAGCCCCGACCUCAGGUCCUCACUGCUGGAGCAGCUGCACGCCGUCAUCAUGGAGUGGCACGCGCCAGACUGUGAGAUGGUGGCGUACAGGUCCUUCAACCCCUUCUUUCCUCUCCUGGAGUGCUUCCACACGCCCGGCGUCCAGCUUUGGGCAGCGUGGGCCAUGCAACACGUCUGCAGCAAGAACGCAGCCGCGCGCUACUGCAGCAUGCUGUUGGAGGAGGGCGGCCUUCAGCAGCUGGAGCGCGUUCACGCCAACCAGCAAACCCACCCGGAUGUCCGACUGUUGAUGGAGAGCAUUUUGGAGAGCCUGGAACGUCACCAGGCUCGUACGGGCCUGCCAAACGGACGCCGCCCGACACCGCUAUGAGGGGGUAACUUCCUAUAACCAUGAGGAGGUGAUCUUACCAACGCUCCACAUGUACAAAUAAAAGGUCAGCGGGUACGCACUUCUUUGCACACAAACUAAGCUUAUUUAUAUUCCUUUUAAAACUUAAAUACUGUUACAUAAUACUUCAGCGAAUGUGUUAAUAAGUAUGCUUGAAAAUCGAUGUUGAAAUGUCAGCAUUUUAUGGACUAUUAGUUGGUCCUGAGGCCGCACGCGUGGCCUGGAGCAUGCUGGGACUUUUGUUAGCCGAUGCCUCUCCGACAGGACGUUUAAAAAAAAUAGUCAAAAUGAUUCUUUGCUGUACAUUUCAAAAACUAUGAGCGGAUAGCAGUGUCGUGUAACGUCUUGUAGGCCGCCCAUAAUGUAUUGUGGAAACGUGUUAGCAUGCAUCUUUAAAAAGCAGUAUGGAAUGUGUACAGUACAUACUAAAAGGUAUUAGCUUGUCCAUGAACGGCUUGAAUUCAUUGUACUUUGUACUCGUGACUUUUGGAUGAUGAUCAUUUGAGGGAUUGUAAUAAUACUAGAAUGCUGGUAAGUGGCUGUGCCCUGUUCUAUGGUUAUCAUCACACGUUCCCUUUGCUGUCACUGACAAAAAAAGCCAAAGAAAAAGCAAAAUACAAUGCUCGUUACUCUAAAGUUUUGUUGGACUUUUGAGGCAUGUUUUUCUAUUUUUGCUUCAACUCUGGGUUUUAUACGACAUUCCACUUUGGAAGUUCCAAGUGAGUUUUCUUUCAAAAAAGUGUAAAAAUAAGGAAACUAUCCACUCUGUGAUCCCACUUGACUUUUUCAGUUAUUUUAAUUUGUAAACAAAUGAAGGCCCGAUCCCAGUACACCCCCUCACUCACUGCCACUACACCCUCGAAAGUGUGUUCCCAUUAUAAAUAAUAUAAAGUGAAUAAUAAAUGUAUCAAAACCUCAUAGUUAUGUUUUUAAUUUUCAGACAUAUUUGUAUAGAUGACUUUGAUUAAAGGCUAAAUAAUACCACUUUUGAGACAUUUGACCAUAUAGCUUGGAUGUGUAAAAGAAAGUUAUACAAGGUUGAACACAGUCUAUUUAAUGAUGCUGGUUGACUUAUAAGUUGGUCCAAUUUAGUGUUUUCUCAAUGUAAAUAAUGUAAACUGAUUUUUUUUAUUCAUCAAAACUCCAGAGUUAUGUUUUCAAUUUUCAUACAUUCUGGAGAACUUUGGUUGAACUCCAAAUUGUACCACUUUCAUAAAGAGUAGAGACAAUACAGUGGAAGCUCCAAAGUUGAACAGGCUGUCCUGUGAUGAUGGUUGACCUUCAAGUUGUUCAAAUUACCUCAUUAGAAAUAGUGUAAUGUGAAUUCAUCAAAACUCCCAAGUUUGUUAUUUUAUUGUAAUUUUUAGGCAUUUUUUUCCCCCCAAAUCUUGGUUGAACUCCAGUUUGUACAACUUUGGAGACUUUCAACUAUUGUGAAGUCAUUCAACAGUCUAGGAUUUUGUUGGCUUUUUGGUGAUUAUUGCAUGGAGGUUCAUUCGUGUUUAUUUUUUUUGUGUGUCUUUUUUUUUUUACACUGAAUUUAUGUCACAGCUUUUUUUUUUUUUGCAUUUGAAUAUUGUGAACUUAAAUUUUUUUUUUUU